GACGGAUAUUUCAACUUGUGCAAAUGGCUUCAAGUAAAAUAAGAGCCUCCAAGAAUCACCACAAAGAUCACAAGAAAAGUGGAUCCCGGUCUAAUGCGCAUAAGGAACUCGCCAAAGUCGAGCCAAAGAAUGACGACGACGAUUAUAAAACUAGAUACGCCAAGUUUAGCAACGACCUGGAAGAGAAGCAAAUCGCCCUCGUGGAGAAGUGGGUCUCUUACGACAUGGACACUUUCGAGGGCCACCCGGCGUAUCGCGAAGAAUGGGACAAGUUCCUCGUCAAGUGGAAGAAGGACUUGAACCAACCCGGCAAGGAAUUGUCACGCCUCAACCUCCAGCGUCUCAAGACGGACUGGCUCACGUUCUGGAUCGGCCGACGCGUGAAGGAGCUGUGGAACCAGGAACUGCGCCAACUGCACCAAACAAUCCUGAGAACGCAUGGGUUCGACGGGUUCCCUGACCCACCUGCCGACCGAUUGCCCAAGGAAGUUGGUUCGGUCGGUGGGACGGAUCCGAGCAAGAGUUCACCUCCUGUCCGUGGCGCAUCUGCCAAGGAUGAAGGGACGGAGCAUAAAGGAAACGACGACUCGACCGUGGGGAUUGCCAAAGACGCCGGCGGGGCUGUGGUGAAAAAGGAACCGUGUUCUUGUGUAGCAGAGAUAUUCGACUUUUUUGGAAAACAUUUCGGACGGAAAGGUGCCAAUGACGAGGAGAAGCGGGCGACGAAUUACGCUCAUCUCAAGUGCUGCCUCAUCGUGCUGCUCGGCGUGUUGGGCGAUAUCGAGAGCUUCAAGAAGCACGUGCCUCGCUACGUCGUGGAUCGGAUCAAGACGCUGUCGGAGAAGGCGAUGGCGGCGCAAAAGGGCGGCGGCGAGGACGCGUGUCUCUCGUUCCUCUGCCAGCCGGAAAACGUCCACGCCUUGUCCACGGCCAUGACGUUCCUCGGUCGCUGUGCCAAAGCCGGCGUCUGCAAGGGAUGGCGUGUCGAGCGAUUUAUCGACGUGAGCCUAUGA